AUGAAAAACUUGAAGAGUUAUAUUAAUUGGUGCACCUGUCAGAAAGCAACCAAUGAGGUUUGCCGUGCAGCCGUCGUCGGUCGGCGACGCAUAGAGCCUUUCUUACCCAUACCGCCAAUCACCAAGCUGAUCCUGCAUCUACAUCCACUUGCAAACUACUUCUCACAACCUUCAGCUCGGACUCUCCACAUACCGCCCUACCGCUAUCGCGACAGACUCGAUUCAGAGCCUUCUGGGGUAAAGCAGGCAAUCCUUCAACAUGGGUCGCGUUCGCACGAAGACCGUGAAAAAGUCAGCGCGUCAGAUCAUCGAAAAGUACUACUCCCGACUGACGCUUGA